UCCUGUCUGAGCAUGCGGGCCUGCCUUGGCAGCCAGUGGCUUCCCUCAGGCUGGCUGGGCACAGUCACUCCUGAUGCCCCAGUGGCAGUUGCUGAGAUCCGGCUCCGGCCACUCAGCUGGACUGAGCCAGCUGGGGGGGGGUCAGAUCUGCAGAACGUAGGAGAGACUGUCCCUUGCAGCCCCCUGCCCCAGGAUGCUGUCCAAGGUGGGGCUGAUCCACCCCCUUGCAGGACACUCCUGUUUUUCCCCACACACAUACAGGUGCCCGACAUGGCGGAGAUCCAGUCGCGUCUGGCCUAUGUGUCGUGUGUGCGCCAGCUGGAGGUGGUAAAGUCGAGCUCCUACUGCGAAUACAUUCGCCCACCCAUCAACCGCUUCAAAACCAUGGACUUUGGCAAGUUCGACGAGAUCUACCGGGUGCUGCCUGGCCUGGCCAGCCCCCCCACACCUGGCUGGAAGGAGUGGGCCCCUCACCCUGCCCAUCCAUCUCAUGCAGGACGUGGCUACCAGCAUGGCAAGGUGAUGUUCAGCGGCUGGAGCCGCGGCGACAUCAUUGAGAAGAUGGUGAAGGACCGGUGCUCGGCCAACUUCUACGAGAGCAAGCGCAUGUAUGUGCUGACUUGCCCCAGCGCGGGGUUCACUGAUCUGGCUGAGAUCGUGUCUUGCAUCGAGCCGGCCAAGAGCUACCUGUCCGAUGGCUACGCUGAUGGUGAGGAAUCUGACUACCUGACGGAGUACGAGGAGGAAGGGCUGGACCCCGCGCGGGGAGAGGAGGAGCUGAGUGGACCCACACUGAGGUUGUUUAGUUUCAAGAUGUCACUGCAGUUUGCAUGGUUGCAUUGAUUCAGCAGACAAAACUUCAAAACUUCACAGCAAAUGGCACAUUGCGGUUUUUCAAUACCAGAGGUGAUGAUACUGGUAAAGCCAAGUUUAAUGUAAGACUCGAGAUCCUUUCGUUUUUUAGCGGUUUUAGCAGUACAAGUGGCCAUUAUUUUCAGGAAAAAGUUUGCACUUAUGUCUCUGACUGUUAAUUAAUAAAGUACUUGUUCAGCUG